AUGACUGGAUCAGCAGCGAACGCAACGGGAAUCAUCCCGCCGGGAGGCGAUCCAACCGCGGAGCAACGAACGCCAACAGAAAGAGCCGAUCAACAAGCCGCUCCAGACGCAACGAUCGAUCCGGCGAGGAUGCAAGAGAUGAUAGCCGCCCUGCAGAAGAAAGCCGACGAGCAAGAUGCACUAAACCGUACACUGACAAGAAAGUUGGAGACCCUUCGAGCCACCCAACGACAGGAAGGCGGAGCAAGAGGAGUCGCGGGAAUGAACGGCAUCGAUCAUGUGGCGCUCACCUUCACGACUCCUGUCACAGCAGCGGGAGGACGAGCAGAAACAGGAAGCGGAGCCGCCGAUCUGCCUCCUCUUAACAGAUCAAACACGUACGACGAAACCGGAGCGAGUGGAGAUGCACCAAACGGAGGUUCAACACCAACGAACGGAAUGGAAGUGAUAGACCCCUUGUUGAGGAUCGGCACUUUGAAGCAAGUAGAGGUUGAAUGA